AUGAAUGAGAAUGAUAUUAAUGCUAAUUUGAAUAAAACCAGCAUCACGAUAAAAGAAGAAGAAGAGAAAAAAGUAGUUGUUUCAAAUGAAAUUAAAAGAGAUAAUAAUAUAAGUAUUUCAAGUAUCACAAAUAAUUCAGAUACUUUAACAACUUUACCCAGAAUAUCAAGCCAACCAAUAAUAAAAGAUAAAAUUGAUACUUCCAACACCAUAGCAGAUUCUAUUAGUCGUACUUCAAAUGAGAGAAAUUCUUUACCAAAUGUAACUGAAGCAAUAACAGCUGGCUCAAUGGAAAAGAGUAUGCGAUCAAAAUCCACCCCAAAUUUCCCCAGUAAUGUUCAUAAUAAUCAAAAAGUAUUUUCUUCACCAAUAGCACUGUCUAAAACAAUAGAUCAACCAAUCGUGAACACCCAAAUGCAGCAGCAGCAAUCGCGCAUGUUGACGCUGUCAAAUUCGUUAUCAAAUUUCUACGGAACGUAUUCAGAUACUAGUAAUAAUAAUUCGGAAGUACAGUUGAAAAAUAUGUCUGCUCGACAACCAGUGCAAUCUUCCAUCGCAUAUGUUGGUAGUUCAAAUACGACAAUACCCUCCAUAAACUAUAGGAAUGAAUCGAAACUACAGCACAACCGUCAAUUGCCCUCUUUCAUGCAAGUUAAUAUCGGUACUGGUACAGGUGGAACUAACAACAAACCGCCUCCAAUUUUAAAUUCUAAUGUACCGUCACAGCCAACAGCACCUCCUCCACCACCAUUACAGGAGCUGCAAACUUUGAAUACUGUUCCUCCAGUCCAGACUGUUGCCCCAAGUAGAGCGCAACCCACACUAUUGCAUCAUCCUCAAAACACAAUACAAGGUUUACCAACUUUACCGUCAUACUUCCCUCAAAACUCUCUUUCCAUACAACAAACCACUAAUGCACAACAGUCCCAUACUAACUAUGCCAACAUUUCUUCCACAAACCAAGAUCCCAUUUACUUUAUGCAGCAGACCCAAGUACCUGCACCAUUCUACCCGUAUCAACAGCAACAAAUCCAACCACAAUCUAUUUUGGAGUCUUCGGGUACGCCCGCUCCGGGAAUGCUGAAUGUCAUGGAGCCGUACCAUCAAAAGAUGUUGAUGGGACAUGAGCAUGAAAGAGACGAUGUCAUUGAUGCUGAAGAUACUACUGAAAAUGAAGAAUUCAUGGAUACUGAUACGUCCAAAAGGACGCGUAAAAAGGUAAAAACUUUAAGAGAUUCGAAAAGAGCAGUUCAAAAUAGAAAUGCACAAAAGGCCUUCAGGCUGAGAAAGGAAAGGUAUAUUAAACUCUUGGAAAACAAAUCUGGAAAGUUUGAUGAAUUAUGCAGAGAAAAUCAGAUGCUUAGAUUCGAAAUAUCAAACUUGAAAAAUUUAAUAUGGGAACUAGAAAAUCGUUUGAAAAGUCUUAAUGAUCAAAAUAUUCAAAGAGAAGGUGAAGGAUAA